AUGACAGACCCUCUGCGAAAAAAUACGACAAUUGCAGCUGUUGCAGAGGAAGUCCAGGGGGUGAAGAACAGCGCUCUUGUUGCCCAGAAUGUGAGGCGAACAAUUGAUUGUUCAGAAUGUGACAAACCUAGGUGUGUGUAUUCCAAAAAGUCGCUCACUCUCAGAGAUAGUCGAUCAUUAGGGCGCCUGUUGGAGAAAUAUGAUUAUACACGUGGCUCGUUGAUAACACCUGAAGGCGAUGCACUUCAUGGUACAGUGUUUGUACGCCUGCAGCUAUCCUGCAUCAGUCCAAUAGAGUUCGCAUACUAUGCCUCUUCUAGUACAACAAAGAAAGACAUAUGCUGUCAUUGUGCUGCCGAUAAUUCUGAAAGAGAUGCAGACUUACUAACCAAAUUUCGUGUUGUUCUUCCAAUCUGUAAUGCCUGCAGAAAUGAUGGAAAAGAACGUUAAAAAGGAUGCCAAUCAAAUAGAGAGCUUAUAGUGACAAAAUAAUGUGCAAAUUGAAACAUUUAACAAAUGUU